AUGGAAACUUUAAUCCGUGCUGCCAUUUUCCUUUCACCUGAAAAAUACCAUCUCCAUGAAAACAGAGAACCAUACAGGGGAGUGCAGUUCCUCCUCUUUGGCCUCUCAGAUGAUCCUGAAUUACAGCUCUUUCUCUUUGGGCUGUUCUCCAGGUAUCUGGCCACCACACUUGGGAAUAUGCUCAUCAUCCUGACCACUAGCUCUGACACCCAUCUCCACACACCUAUGUACUUCUUUCUUUGCAAACUGUCAUUUGUUGAUAUCUGUUUUAUUUCAACUACAGUCCCAAAGAUGCUGGUGAACAUCCAAACACAUAACAAAGACAUCUCUUACAGAGAGUGCCUUACUCAGGUAUACUUUUCAAAUAUGUUCGCAGGAACAGGUAAGAUUUUACUGACUUUGAUGGCCUAUGAUCGCUUUGUGGCCAUCUGCUACCCUCUGAACUACACUGUCAUUAUGAACACCUGGCCCUGUGGCUUCCUGGUCCUGCUGUCUUGGAUUAUCAUACUCUGUGUCUUCCUGAUUCAUAUUCUACUGAUGAAACACCUGAGUUUCUCCAUAAACACUGAAAUUUCACAUUUCUGCUGUCAACUGGCUCCACUUUUCAAGGUGGCCAGAUCCAAUACCUUCAUCAACAACAUCUUUAUGUAUCUGAUGACUGCCCUUCUGGGUGUGCUUCCCAUAGUUGGGAUCCUUUUCCCUUACGUUCAGAUUGUCUCCACUUUAAUGAGGAUGUCCUCCAUUGUGAGAAAAUAUAAAGCAUUAUCUACCUGUGGGUAUCACCUUGGUGUGGUUACCUUGUUCUAUAGAACAGCAGUUGUAGUUUAUCUCAGUUCUGCUAUGACACAUUCUUCCCAGGGGAGCACACUUGCUGUUGGGAUGUACACUGUGGUCACUCCAAUGUUGAACUGUUUCAUGUAUAGCCUGAGGAACAAGGAUGUGAAGGAUGCUCUGGGAAAACUGCUGAGCAGAGGAUUAUAA